CAAGCCCUCUGUGGUUACAGCAGCCGUCUGCAACCUCUCAGCCGGGAGUCGGAGUGGGACUGCAGGCCUGGCUGGACUGGGCUGGGCGGUGCUGGGGGCUCGGCCACCGCCCCUGACGGCUCAAACUUUGCAGUUGGCCCUUUGAAAUCUAUUUCUGGAAGCAAUGACCACUCUGGGUUGGUGAAAGAAGGCCUGUUUUGGAAGGGAGAACAAGACCCCACUAGACUGUGGCUUCUGAAUUUAAUGUGGCACCAGGCGCCGCCAUGACGACCGCCAUCUUGGAGCGCCUGAGCACACUGUCUGUGAGCGGGCCGCAGCUGCGCCGCCUGCCCAAGAUCCUGGAGGGAGGCCUUCCCCAGAUGCCUCGCACUGUCCCGGAGACCGACGUGCCCCAGCUCUUCCGAGAACCCUACAUCCGCGCCGGCUACCGCCCCACAGGCCACGAGUGGCGCUACUAUUUCCUCAGCCUCUUUCAGAAACACAACGAGGUGGUCAAUGUCUGGACACACUUGCUGGCGGCCCUGGCCGUCCUGUUGCGAUUCUGGGCCUUUGCUGAGGCUGUGGCCUUGCCCUGGACCUCCCCGCACUCCCUGCCCCUGCUCCUCUUUAUCCUGUCCUCAAUCACUUACCUCACGUGCAGCCUUCUGGCUCACCUGCUGCAGUCCAAGUCGGAGCUGUCCCACUACACCUUCUACUUCGUGGACUAUGUUGGUGUCAGCGUUUACCAGUAUGGCAGCGCCUUGGCGCACUUCUUCUACAGCUCUGACCAGGCCUGGUACGAGCGGUUCUGGCUUUUCUUCUUGCCAGCAGCUGCCUUCUGUGGCUGGUUAUCUUGUGCUGGCUGUUGCUACGCCAAGUACCGUUACCGAAGGCCUUACCCAGUUAUGAGGAAGAUCUGUCAAGUGGUACCAGCAGGGCUGGCCUUCAUCCUAGACAUCAGCCCUGUGGCACACCGAGUGGCUCUCUGCCACCUGGCUGGCUGCCAGGAACAGGCAGCCUGGUACCACACCCUCCAGAUCCUCUUCUUCCUGGUCAGCGCUUACUUCUUCUCCUGCCCAGUGCCUGAGAAGUACUUCCCCGGGUCCUGUGACAUAGUGGGGCAUGGGCAUCAAAUCUUCCAUGCCUUUCUGUCUAUCUGCACACUCUCACAGCUGGAGGCCAUUCUCCUGGACUACCAGGGUAGACACGAGAUCUUCUUACAGCGUCAUAGCCCCACAUCUGUCUACACAGCCUGCCUCUCCUUCUUCUUCUUGGCUGCCUGCAGUGCUGCCACUGCAGCCAUUCUGAGGCACAAAAUCAAGGCCAGACUGACCAAGAAAGAGUCCUGAGGUUUGCAGGUGGGGGCAAGGUAUAGAGGUGAUCCUUUGUGAUUUGGGGAAUACUUGAUGCAACAAUAGAAGUUGACUUUUCAUUUUUAAGUGUUGAUUUUUAAAUCAAUAUGUAUUUCCAAGGAUACACUAUGGCUGCAGCAUUUCAAAGCCAAAGGAUUCGAGAAUUUUGUUGUUAAUAAAAGAAAUAUUCCUUUUUCUUCUGGGUCUUGGCCUUACAAGGGAAGGUACCUUGGAUAAGAUUCAUGAGACACAGAACUAGAAAGAACCAUCUUCAUGCCUGAAAAUUUAUCAGAAUUCUCACGAUGGAUUCCAGAGGCAAGUCCUAGAACUAAAUGGAUAAUAGAAUUGGGCUGGGAAGUAAGUAGGGGGCUGGUCCUCAUCCUACUGGAAUAGCUGUACUGUGUUGAUCUUUGGCAGUUGAACAUAUGAAGCUGAGGACCCUGUCUUAUUUGGAUUUCAGAUUACCUUGGCUGGAAAAGUCACAAUAUUCAAGAUGAUUCAGUGAAACCCUUACACAUAAUGAAUUACAUGAUUCAUCUGACUUCUGGUCCCUACUGUCAUCCAUUGUUAACACCCUUUUCUCAGGACAACUGUCUGCCUGGUUGUUUACUCCCAUCCUUAUUUUGCAUGAUAAUAUAAAAGGACUAUGAAGCAAUUUUACUCUAGGAAAUGCUUGGAGCCAUGUAAGCAUUCAGAAAGCUUAUUCCAUAUAAUGCCAAUGUAAACGGUACUAGAAAGAACAGUGCCAAGAGCCACCAGGAGGCCCACCCACAGAGCAUAGAUAUCCUUGCUCCAUUUGUGUCAUGGACCUUUCUGUUUUAUACUGCAGACUGCAGGAUUACUUGAGAGCUAUUUUUCUCCGGUACCAGGGAUCAAACUCAGGACCUUGCGCUUGUGAGGCAGGCGCAGUGCCACUGAGCUACAGCCCCAGCCCAAAUUUAACAUUGUUUUUCUGUUCUCCACUCAUUCCUCCCACCCCGCCCCCAGUACCAGGGAUUGAACUCAGGACCUUGCACUUUCGAGGCAGGUGAGGCACCACUGAGCUACAUCCCCAGCGCCUUGAGAGCUAUUAAAUAGAGCUGCCUUACAGGCCAGUAGAUAUGGGGGUUGCACCAGGGAUCUGCAGAUUUGACUAGCAUGUUUAAAACACCUUUAAUAGGGUAAACUUGUUCUAAGUGUUCUCUGGGGGAUCUGAUUACUUCAAGAGGAACUUAAGGUCAAGUCUUCUAUGUAGAUGCUGCCCCAUGAAGGACCAACCUACCUAGCCCAAUACAGGGUUCUCAGUCAAGCAGUUCUGCCUCAGUUUAGAGCAGAAACCUUAAAAUAGUUAAGUCCUGGGACAAGCAAAUAUGUAUGCUCACUAUGGUUGGUCCCUGAAGCCUCCUUUGAGUAGGAAUGAGUGAAUUAGGCGUCCUGCAGCCAGAGUGUUCUGUUUGUAACAUUGCUGCCCAGCAGCUUCUGUGGGAUAGGUGGUACUUGCAGUUAAUGUGUUCUGGCCACACAGCCCCCUCUAAGAACUGACUUCUGCACUAAUCCAGCGAAAACAGCUGCAUCAAAGAAAGGGCUGAGGAGCCCUCUCUUCACAGGCUAGGUUUCCCAGCAGUAUAACAUCCCUGUUUACUAAGAAAUGGAAGUGGCUUGUUUUAACUUCCAGUUUGAUGAGCCUCCUCUAUUAUGAAAUUACUUUGUUGUCUUCAAAUUUUUGUGCUUUUUUUUUCUUUGAGAGAUUGGUGAGUUUUGUGCCUUAUAAAUGGAAAUGUAUGAACACUUUAAUAUAUGCAUAUAUGGAACUUUUUGUUUAGAGUUAUUGAGAUAGAAAAAAUUGUUGUCUAACCAAUGACUGAAAGAAACUUCAGAAAGUUAUAAUUAUUUAUCAAUCAAGACUUUUGAUCUGUAUUUUAGCAAAAAACGUCACCUGAAGAUGUCCUAUAAUCUUUAAAUCAAGAAAGCAUGUAUCCUGUCAGUUACAUUGUUUUGCUAUAUGAAUUUCUUGUUAGUCCUCAAAUGGCUGAACUUUUUAUGCUACCUAAGUGUCUUACACAAGUUUCUGGUUGUCUAGGCCAAAUUUACAGCAAAUAAAGUUAACAAAACUGAACUGGGUUGAACUGAACGAAGUAUAUGUGCUGCUCAAGUGAGCAUGUACUAAACGAAGUUAUAGGGGAAAUGUGAAAACAUUUCACAUAGAGGGUCAAUUUAAAAUGGGGAUCUGACAAAAUUUAUAGUUUUUGUUACUAUGAAUUAAAAAACUUCUUUAAAAAACUGAUGGGAGAAGUGAGAGAAAAACAAAGGGAGGGAGGUGUGAAACAAGCUUUUGAAUAUAAAUAACUAUGGUGGUAUUGGUGGGCAGAAAUCAUUAGAUCAUAUCGUCCAGAUUUUUGUUUGUUUUAAGACAAUGUAGCUUGUCACUUGUAGUCCAGGGUGGCCCUGAACUUGUGAUCUUCCUGCCCCAGCUUCCCCAGUGCUAGGAUUAUAGGCAUGUGCCACCAUAUCCGGCAUUCAUCCAGAUGUUUUUUAGAAGAGACAACAGGACCUAGAUAGUGACCCUCAAGUGCAUCCACAAAUCCUUGCCAGUCUACACACUACUAAUGCUGGUCUAGGGCACCGUAAGUACAGAAAGAAGCACUAAACUUCGAGAUACUGCCAUACAAUUUUUAUAUACUUACACAAGUAUUGCCUCAAAUGACUGGAAUUUAAAAGAAAGGAAGAAAGAAAAAAGAAAGUUGUUUAAUAAUAGGUAAUUAAGAAGCAUUGAGGUAGGAAACCAUAUGUUCCCAAAAUACUAGUAUCUCAUUAGAAAUGUAGAAACAAGUGCAGUUGUUAAAUUACUCAGACUUUUUUAGGGGGAGGGGUAAUACUCCUUUUAAAACAUUUUAAUUAAAAUAAGUGUAUCAGUAAGGGACACCCUAAUUAGUUUAAAAGGAACAAUUAAGAAUUUUGUAAAGGAGAUGGUCAUCUUACUCUACCAUAGCCUCUCCAACAAUUGACAUCUACUAGAAAUUCUGAUUAUCUUUCCCUGUCUCCCUCUCUUAAUUAAGGCUUUCAACCUAUUAAAUGUGAAUGCUUCUGAUUAAAAUGUAAGUCAUUUAUAUCUUUGGGUGAAUAAAAUUCUGAUGAUUUGUAUGAGGCAUUACUUAGGAUAGGGAGUGGAGAUAGCAGGACAGUAAACUAGGAACACAGGUGUCUAUUUAAUUCCUUCCUGUCUAGUUCUUCCUGAACUGUAUUUGCUGAUGAGCUGAUUUAAAUUAAAUGGUUUUUUUAAAUGGUAGAGUUUCAUUUCCAAUUUUGACUGGAAGUAUCUCAACAAUGUUGAAAGAGUCACACACUGGAAGCUUGAAAUAGGAGUAUGGGGACAUUAAAGAAGGUAGUUUAUCCCUGGCUUUGUUGCCUACUUCUUGAUAAAUCGUACCUUAAUUAUUGAAAACAUUAGGUUCUUUGGUUACUGCUUGUUGUUUCAAAUGAAUCCUCCAGAUGGCGAUCAUGUAUUUCUCAGGGCACAGCCAUUGUCCCCCCCCCAAGCUUCUCCCUAUUAAAAUUGUACCACUCUUGUGUUUUGCUUGAUUGCUUGGCACAGAAAAGGUGGAAAUAUUUUCUUUCCCUAUAAAUCUACUUACACAAAUAACUAUUAAGUGGAUUUUUUAUUGAGAUUGUUGUAGUGUUGAUAGUUUAAAGAAACAGCUACCUUUUUUGACCAGAUCCUUGACAAGGAUCACCUUGAUAAAGCUCAUCCUAAAGAAAGAUUUUAUUUAGACAAAGAUUGCCAGGAGAAGGAGGUCAGGAUACAUUUUAGAUGAAAAAGCAUUAAAGCUUUUUUUUUUUUUUGGUACCAGGAAUCAAACUCGGAUCCUUGGUCUUGCCGGGCAGACAGUGGAACCACUGAGCUAAAUCCCCAGCCCAACAUUAAAGCUUUUUAAAAAGUUUCUAAAAAAAAAAAUUUUUUUUUAAAGUCUCUAUACCCAGCCCCCCCCCGCAAAAUACACACACACAUCCUAAUCCCUACCUAUGAGUAGAAUAAACUGCCCCUUAAAAAGCCAUGGAGUUGGUUUCUCUGAGGAUUUCAAUCUAAUUGAAUAAAUGUGUCUAGUUUCACAAGCAAUAGCAUUAAAGAUAUCAAAAUUUUGAAUUGAUGGGCUACAAUUUUAAAUUAAAAAUUGUGAAUUAUACUAUAAGUCUACUAUAACAAGUACUAUAAAACAUGUUGUGGAAUGUGGCAUCUAUCAACCAAAUGACUUUUGUAGUCUUCACUGUUAGAUUUAAAUAGCUGUGCAAAAGGUGAUUCUCUGGUUUACUGCUGCUUUAGUCUGUAGUACUAUCACACUAAUGGUAAUAAAAUAGCAUUUCUGUGUGUAAAGCCUCCA